AUGGAUAACAUUAGGAAACAUAUCGACUUACCACUUAGAGUUAAUGGUUGUAUGUAUUGGUUUACUGAACACAACAAUAGUAUGACGCCAAGCAAUGAAAAAGGUUUCCCAAGGUUUCUAAGGUGGGUAAUAAGUGACAUCAGUACAACAAUCGAGAAAUACGUUAAUGAAGCUAUGAAAAAGAUGCAACCAGGAUGGGUAAAAGCUUGUAGUGAUGAAAAGCAACAGAUUAUGGAUGAGUACAGAAAGAAUAGGCAAGAAAAUAACAGAUAUGCACUGAAGGAAAAGCUGUACAAAGCACUACAACAAAGAUAUGAAGCAUUGGAAGAGGUUUCUGACUUGCAGGUUAAACAUGAAAAACUUGUUAGCUUCAUUGAAGAAAAAAGCAAAAAACUUUAUGCAGCUGAUCUAAGGAAUGUGCAAGAUGAUAAGGAACUUGUUGAUUUGUUUGUUGACUCCAUGCAAGAAAUCUUUUCAUUUAACAAAGAAUUAAAUAGGGAGGAUGAACGUGAUGAUGAUGAGCAGGAGGAGGAGGAAGGUGAGAAAGGUGAGAAAAGUGGCAAAGGUGGUGAUGUGGAUGACAGUUAUGAUGAUAGUGAUGAUGAUGAUGAUGAUGAUGAUGAUGAGGAAGGUGAUAAAGGUAAGAGAAGUGGAAAAGGUGGUGAUGUGGAUGACAGUGAUGAGGAGCAGGAGGAGGAGGAUGAUGGUGUCAAAGGUCGUGAUGAGGAUGAGGGUGGUGGGAAAGGUGGUGAUGUGGAUGACAGUGAUGAGGAGCAGAAGGAGGAGGAUGGUGGUGUCAAAGGUCGUGAUGAGGAUGAGGGUGGUGGGAAAGGUGGUGAUGGGGAGCAGGAUGAGGAGGAGGAUGGUGGCAAAGGUGGCGAUGAAGAGGAGGGUGGUGGCAAAGGUGGUGAUGAGGAGCUGGAUGAGGAGGAGGGUGGUGGCAAAGGUGGUGAUCUACAUGAUGAUGACAAUGGCAAAGAGGGAAGCAAAGGUGGUUAUGAGGAGGAUAGAACUGAAUCCUAA